AUUCUUCCACAGGAAACUUGGGGGCCUACAGUAACCUCUCCCUUAAACCAGGGCUUGGUACACACAGCCAUGCACACGCUUCUCAGCAGGACUUUAUUAUAAUAUUAUGUGCUUUUACACUACGGCAACUCUCGGAACAGGAAAUUGAUUCAGACUGAUUAAUACAUCAGCCAAAUAUACAGACACAGGAACCCGACUAGCCUAUGUGGUUUUCUGCUUUAUAAGAUUUAUAAAAUACAUACUUAUAUCUGGGAAACAUAACAGGGAUACGUCGCCUGGUGUUGAUUUGGACUGAACUAUGGAGCAGCUCUUCUAUAUUCUGAUUAUUCCUUAUUUAGUAUCUUCAUCCAUCAUCUCAGCAGGAAAUGACACAAACAACUUAAUCACAACUACAUCACUACCAAACACAGCCACAUUGUCCCCACGUCUCACUUAUUUAAGCGCAGCCCAAUCGUCUUCAGUAAAAUCACUGACUACAUCUUUCUAUAACCUUGUUAUUACCAACCACAAAUUUCCAACUGUGAGCACAACCACCAUGACUCUUUUAUCUUCCAGGCAAACAGCAGGUACGACUGCUGUGCCUGGUGAAAACGGUCAAUCUUCUUUAAACAGGACAUCAGGACAUCCUACUACUAUUAUCACCAGCUUACCAAUAACAAGUUCAAAAUCCUACACUAAGCCAACUCAACAUGCUGUCUCAUCUUCAGUUGCCAGAUUAGCAGUGGAUGUUUCUGGAAAUUCGACCCUUGCAGUUCAUUCAAACCUCACCACCUCUGAGGUCACACCUGCACCUGCACAGGACCUGGGCAACAGCCUCACUAUGCUUGCUUUUGGUGUAAUGAGUCUCAUACUCAUUUUAAUUGUUGUCAUGGUGAUUCUGGUGACUACCAUCAAUCUCAAGGGACGGUGUAAAAAUACAAAACAACAGGAGGGUAUUAAAAAUUACGACUCUAUGGUUACUGACAGCAAUAUGACAAACAACUGUGAUAAAGAGAGCAUCACUCUUGUUUCUGUGAGGACAAUUAACACAGACUAUGACACAGAUUCUCCUCGAGUCUCGUCAGUUCACAGUACUAUAGUGGACAAUGAGGAGCAAGAACUUAACAGAGACCUGCUGAACAUCAGAGGCGAACUUUAAUUUCACUCAGAUCACAGAGCAAAGAGAAUUGCAGUUCCUGCUUCCUACUCAUUUUAUAUAUUUAUAAUGCUGAAUGUAUGUGAAUAAACAGUGGAGGGUCAGAGAGUUAAUGUGAUAUCACAUUUGACAAAUGCUCCAUUGUUUAAUAAAAUUUCAUGAAUUUCUUUUUCAAAUAAAACUGUACAUUUGUUUCUAA